AGCGCUGGUGUCUGUCACAGGAAAGGACGUGUGGUGCCCUUGGGUAGCUUUACAGCGUGUGCUGACUGAGAGGCUAGCAGGCUAACACUGAUCAUGUAAACUUAAAUGAAACAUCUUCUGUUCGCGUUAUUCCCCGGUUUUGUCUAAUAAAAUGCCUCUACACAAGUAUCCACCAAAAAUCUGGGAAGCCCUGAAGCUGCAGAAGGGCAUCUACGCCCGUUUACCCCAGCACUACCUGUGCUCCCUGCAGGACAGCGCCCCUCCUUCACCUGUGCACUGGAGACCUCUGGGUGUCAAAUACAGACUCAGUCCUAAAUCUGGACACAGAGAGCGAGUGCAGGAUGUGCCUAUCCCUGUCUAUCAUCCGCCAGAAUCACAGAGCGGACUCUGGGGUGGAGAAGGCUGGAUAUCUGGCUUUAGAUAUGCUAAAGAUGACAAGCUUUCUACAAGACUGCGCAAAACCUGGAAGCCGCAGCUGUUUAACAGAGAGCUGUACAGUGAGAUCCUCGACCAAAAGUUCACUGUAACAGUCACAGCUCGCACACUGGACCUUAUUGAUGCUGCUUUUGGCUUCGACUCCUACAUUCUUACGGUGAGAAGUCCUCAAAA